AUGGAAGAACAAGUGUCCAGGUUGGUCGACAAGGUCUGGCAGGGCUACCAGAAUAUGCCCAAGAACCAACGCUUUAUGGUCGCGAUUGGCGGGAUUCCAGGAUCAGGAAAGACAAAUUUGUCCCAGAGGGUGACAGAACGUCUCAAUGAAAGGCAACAGCAGGAACAUCCCGGGUCUACGCCUGUGGCCGCCUUUUGCCCAAUGGAUGGAUACCACUGGCCACGGUCAGUACUCGACACUUUUGACCCAGCCAUGAACGCCCACGCCCGUCGAGGCGCCGAAUUCACCUUUGACGGGCAGUCCUUCCUCAGCCUGGUCAAGCUCCUACGGGCGCCACUGGAUAGCGAGGAGGGCAGAAAACCCAUCUUUGCCCCCUCAUUCGACCACGCCGCCAAGGACCCCGUCGAUGACGACAUUGAGAUCCGGCCACACCACCGCAUCGUUGUCUUUGAAGGCAACUAUGUCUGUCUGGACCGGGAGCCGUGGCGGGCAGCGGCUAAUCUGAUGGACCUCCGCUGGUUUGUGCAGGUUGAGCGCGACGUGGCGAAGAAGAGGUUGGCAGCUCGCCAUCUGGCUUCGACUAUAGUAGACUCGCUGGAGGCCGGCGUCGCGAGGGCUGAGGAGAACGACCUUCCCAACGGAGAUGAAAUUAAUGCCAACAAAGUUCCAAAUAUUGAUGAGACCAUUGUAAGUAAGGAGGACCAAGGCUGGGCGCCAGUGAAUUAG